ACCACGUGACCAAAAACGUCAUCGUUGGAAUGGCAGCCUACAGAUUUACAAAUUAACACACUGGACUGCAGUUUCAAAAGAGUAUCGAUAAGAGGAAAUCAGUCCAGCAGACAUGAAUAGUUAAGAGAGGGGCCCGGACGUGGAGAUAACAGACUGCAACCAGAAAAAAAAAAAAAAAAACAUUGCUAACGCCAUGUCUCCAAAGAUAACCGUCGAGCUGCUGAGGCAGCUGCGACAGGCCAUGAGGAACAGCAAAUACAUCACCGAGCCCAUACAGGCGUAUAUAGUGCCAUCGGGGGAUGCGCACCAGAGUGAAUACAUCGCCCCAUGUGACUGCAGACGUGAAUUCAUCUGUGGGUUCAAUGGCUCUGCAGGCACAGCUAUAGUAACUGAGCAGCAUGCCGCAAUGUGGACAGAUGGGCGCUACUUCUUACAGGCAAGCCAGCAAAUGGACAAUAACUGGACUCUCAUGAAGAUGGGCUUGAAAGAGACACCGACUCAAGAGGAUUGGUUGAUCAGUGUUCUGCCAGAGAAUUCUAAAGUGGGCGUGGAUCCCUGGAUAAUUGCCGCAGAUCAGUGGAAAAACAUGUCCAAGGCAUUGACCAGUGCUGGACAUUCACUGGUUGCUGUCCAGGAAAACCUAAUUGACGCCAUUUGGCAGGACCGCCCACCCAGACCCAGCACAAAACUGAUAACUUUGGGUUUGAAAUACACUGGCAUGACUUGGCCGGAGAAGAUCACAACGUUGAGGACAAAGAUGUCCGAGAGAAAAAUCACCUGGUUUGUCAUCACAGCGCUUGAUGAAAUUGCGUGGCUCUUCAACCUGCGAGGUUCAGACAUCGAGUACAACCCUGUGUUCUUUGCCUACGCCAUUGUUGGAAUGAACACAAUCAGGCUCUUCAUUGACGUGAAGCGCAUGGCAGACCCCGCGGUACGGGAGCACCUGCAGUUGGACGCGCCCAGCGCGGUCGAGAUGACCGUCCAGACCGCUCCUUACGAGUCGGUUUACACCGAGCUCCAGGCCAUCUGCGCCGCACUGGGACCCAAGGAAAAAGUGUGGAUCAGCGACAAGGCCAGCUACGCACUCACCGAAGUCAUCCCAAAGGCGCACAGAUCUCCAAUACCGUACACCCCUCUGUGCCUGGCCAAAGCCGUCAAGAACACCACUGAGAUACAGGGAAUGAAGACAGCUCACAUCAAAGAUGCCGUUGCGCUCUGCGAGCUGUUUGCGUGGCUGGAAAAAGAGAUUCCAAAGGGCACCGUGACCGAAAUAUCUGCUGCAGACAAAGCGGAAGAAUUGCGCAGCCAGCAGAAAGACUUUGUUGGCCUGAGUUUUCCUACAAUUUCUAGUGUGGGACCAAAUGGAGCCAUAAUACACUAUAAACCCCUACCAGAAACCAACAGGACUCUGAGUCUUAAUGAAGUCUACCUGAUUGACUCUGGAGCCCAGUACACUGAUGGGACCACAGACGUGACCCGAACCAUGCACUUUGGGACUCCAUCAGCUUUUGAAAAGGAAUGCUUCACCUAUGUUCUGAAGGGACACAUAGCCGUGAGUGCAGCCAUCUUCCCCAACGGAACCAAAGGACACUUGCUGGACUCCUUCGCCCGCUCGGCUUUGUGGGAGUCGGGGCUGGAUUACCUCCACGGGACGGGGCACGGCGUGGGGUGCUUCCUCAACGUCCACGAGGGGCCCUGCGGCAUCAGCUACAAGACAUUCGCGGACGAGCCCCUGGAGGCGGGGAUGAUCGUCAGCGACGAACCUGGGUAUUAUGAGGAUGGAUCCUUUGGCAUACGGCUUGAGAACGUUGUCCUGGUCGUGCCGGCUAAGCCGAAGUACAACUACAGGAACAGAGGCAGCCUCACGUUUGAGCCCAUUACCCUUGUCCCUAUCCAAGUGAAAAUGAUGAACACAGACUUACUCACACAGAAGGAGCGUAACUGGGUCAAUGAAUACCACCAACGGUGCCGGGAAACGAUUGGUGCGGAACUGGAGCGGCAGGGCCGCAAGGAGGCCCUCGAUUGGCUGAUGAGAGAAACCCAGCCGAUCGCCUGAGAAAGGCAUCGGUCCCUGAAUGCCAGAUCAUUAUUUAAUCCAGCAGUUUGCAGAAGAGUACGAUCAGCAGUGAUUAUUAUUUUUCCUUUUUCUUAACAAAAUUCUUAAUCUCGCUUUCUUACUCUUGUCUGUUUCCCGCUGUCCUUAUUUUAUAUUAAAAAGACACGCAUAUGAUAUUCAAUAAAACAGUGUGAAAGUA